AACAUAUAAAAAGGAGGAAAAAGAAAAUUAGAGGGUUUAACAAUUGAUAUUGCGAAUAGAAUCAAUUUGUAUGUUUGUUUUUCUUUCUGCAGGUGAAAUAACGAUUCUUUUAUAUCAGAAAAAACUUUACACAAAAUUUUAUGUGUACACAAGCAUGUUCACACAUCACAUAAUAUUAACAGUUCUGUCAAUUUUUGGCUUUAUACUUAGUUUCAUUGUUUUUUUUUUGGAUAUGGAAAGAAAAAAAACUAUCAAAAUCUCACUCAACAAAGUUUUUGUUGAGCUUACUGGCCAGCGAUGCAUUUUCUUCGCUGAUUUUCAUUGGUUUAAAUGUAUUUCUUAUGUAUUCAUAUUAUGGCUUUAACAGUAGUGAUAAAAUUUGGUUUAAGAUUUUUUGGAUAUAUUUAUGGUUUGUAACAUCUUUUUUCAUUCUCUCUGCGUUAAUGAUGGUAGCAAUCUCAGUGGAGCGUUUUAUUGCAGUAAUAUAUCCUUUCUUUUACAUCAAUAAAAUUAAAGUAGCUCAUAUAUACAUGGUCAUUGCAUCUAUUUGGCUUCUUUCUAUUGCAUAUGGAAUCAGUGGAAUUAUUGUUGCUGUUUUAGAAAGGGAAGAAGGUUAUUUCUUGUCAUCUUACGGAUGGAUUGUCAUUAUUAUAGUAGCCUAUAUAUUCUUAGUAGCCAGCAAUACACUGUUAUUUAUUAUUGCAAAAAAGCAAAUAAGGUUGAUAGCAGCAACGAAGAAUAAAGUUGAUCACAAAAAUAAAACAAAGCAACGGGAGAUAAAAGCAGCUAGAAUUUGCUUUGGUGUUGUGUUAACCUUUAUGGUAUGCUAUGUUCCAAAAUUAAUUGAUGCAAUAAACCAAUUAGUAACAGGUAGAAGAGAAACAAACCAAUUGCAUUUACUAUUUAUACAGUAUGGAUUCAUACUGAAAACAAUCUCAGAUCCAAUUGUUUACGUAUUGAUGAACAAAGACAUGAAAAGAAAACUAAUAGAUAUAAUAUUACGUAAGAAUCAUUAAAACGUGAAUGUAAAUAUGGUGCUUAAUGAUGCGUAAAUGUGAUUACAAAACUAAAAACACAAAAUUCAAAUAAAUACGAAUUUUAAAUACAUUGUUUUUAUUGCAGCAUAAAUUUUUUAUAUCUUCACAUGAACCACACAAGACACAAAUAAAAAUUUACGUAACUGAUAUUAUCACAACUUUAGCACUUGGUAAGUGCAUUAAAAACAUUGAAAUAAAACAAUUUGGGCAUUGACUGUCUUGUAACUUUUAUCAUUAUUUAUUUCUAAAUAAAUCACUUUUUUUAUCUUA